CAGUUUUCAAAAUGGCGCUGCUCACAAAAAUUCAUUUUUCAAAAUUUCUCAGGUUUAACAGCGAUUUGAUACUACCUAGAUUGAAAGAUUCAUCCCCAUUAUAUACAUGGUCGACAAACAGGGUUUGCAACAGAUGCAAAAAUGCUGGCUCCCUCCACAAAUAUGCAACAAGAGGUUUUCGUUCAGUGUCAAAAACUCAAAAGGAACCAAGUAAAUGGAGAUUACUGAGAGGUCCUUUAGCUUUCACGACAUUGGUGACCUGCGGGAGUUUCACUGGCUGUUCCAUUCUACAAUAUGAAAGAAUGAGAUCUCAGGCUGAAAACUAUUUGAAGGGUGCAAAGAAUUCAGCAGAUAAUUUAUUCAGAAAAUCUGGAAGUUUUCGUGAACAUAUGAACCAUUACUGGUCUAACUUGUCUCCGGGAAAGAAAAUGGUUGCUGGUAUAAUAGGAAUAAACAGCCUCGUUUUCCUUUUAUGGCGAAUCCCUGCUGCUCAGGGACUCAUGAUGCGAUACUUUCUGUCAUCGCCAUUUAUGGGUGCCUCUUCACUCUCCAUGCUGGGUUCAGUUUUCAGCCAUAGGGGUUUAUUCCACUUUGGUGCCAACAUGUAUGUGCUGUGGUCAUUCACGGAUGUCAUAGAACAAACCCUGGGCAAGGAGCAGUUCUUAGCUGUGUACCUUUCAGCAGGAGUGAUUUCCUCAUUUACCAGUUAUGCCUACAAGGUUGCUAGGAUGAGCACAAUACCAUCACUAGGAGCAUCAGGGGCAGUUAUAGCACUAAUAGGAAUGACUUGUAUACAGUACCCCAAAGCACAACUCAGUAUAGCGUUCAUAGGAGACAUCAUACCUCACUCAUUCUCCGCUCAAAGUGCAAUGAUAGGCUUACUAGCAUUGGACACAAUGGGAGUCUUGAUGAGGUGGAAACUGUUUGAUCAUGCGGCUCAUUUAGGAGGAAUGUUAUUUGGAAUUUGGUAUAUAAGCUAUGGCAAGGACAUUAUUUGGAAAGGAAGGGAACCAUUGAUAAAGUACUGGCAUAAAAUUAGAGGAAACAUCAAACGAUGACAAACU